AUGGGCUGGAUUGCUACCACAAGGAAUCUGGCGAAGGGAGCGCGGUCAAAGGGCAAGCGAGUCUAUCACAAAGUGUUCGGACCUUCGCACAAGCAAUGGAAGAUGAUGAAAGACAUGCUGAACCUCUUGGUGCGGGACCAGAAAAUGGAGACGUCCUUGGCUCGGGCAAAGGAGUUGCAGCAAUAUGCUGAGGAGAUAGUCUUCCUUGCCAAGAAGAAUUCGCCGUACCAUGAUGGACUUGUGGAGAGCAUGCUCACCUCACCCGAGGCCAGACGCAUACUCUACGAGCGGAUGCUACCUCGCUAUCAGGAUCGACACUUUCAUUUCUCUCGAGUGGUGAACCUCUGGAGGUAUCGGGAGCGCGACACAACCCCGAUGGCCAUCAUCGAGUACAUAGACCGACCUGGUGAGCUGCGUCCUGCGAAUCCCGUUGGCGCGGCUAGGAAGCAGCAUGUAGCAAUGGAGUUCUUGCAGACUCGAAGGGGACGCCGAAAGCAUUUGGGCGAGAUGCAGAGGUCAGGCUGUGAAUUCAAGACCAGGCCAACUUUUCCCGCCAAAUUGCUUGCCCUCUGUCUUCGGAGACCUUCUCUUGAGCCUGCGUUGACGUGCGCAUGA